AUGGCGUCCGUUCAGCCCACCCCAGAAAUGGGCGGGCCACGCCAGCUGCCUGGUAACCUUACGCGUGAGCACAUCAGCCAAGUUCUUAAGAGGUAUCAAGAGAUGAGGCAACAAGGUGUACCCGAAAACAACCCCGAACUCCUCAAGGCGCGCAACCUUCUCGCCAUGGUUCAGAAGCAGAACCAAUAUCAGCAACAUCAGCGUGCAGCAAGCCAGCAACAAAUGCUACUCCAGCGCCAGCAAAGCCUUUCUGACCAGGCUGGCGCCGCUGCAGGCUUGUCAAAUGGGGCGAAACCCACUGGCAUGGCAGAUGGAAAGGUCCCUACAGGCGCGUUGACUCCCGGCAUGUCUUCUUCUAACAUGCAAAUAUCGACAGCAGGCGGUCAAGCAGCCUCUGUUGACAGCCAAACCCCAACUUCAGCGACCAGUGGUUCGACAGCCCUUUCAAAGGAGCAGCUUCUCAUGCUACGCACUCAAAUCACUGCUUUCAAGAAUCUCUCCAAAGGAAUACCAUUGCCUCCCACUAUGCAGCAACAAAUCUUCGGUCAUCAUCAGAUGAAGAAAUCUCAGCAUGUUGCAGAGGCAGUGGCUGCAGCCUCCCAAGUCCUGGAUAAUGCUACACGCGCUCCGAGCGCCAGUGGCGGUGCAGUCCAAAACACUCGAACCCUGCCACGCCUCCCAGAUACCUUUAUUGAACCGUGGAGUAGUGAAGCUUUCCGCGACGUCAACUACAUAUCGCAUACACAGCGUCGGAAUCGUCCGUACCUUGCGUCCAUCAUGCCACAAGGUGUUGAUAUCGAUGCGGUCCAACAGAGCAUGGAGGACUUGCGUAAAGAGCGAGAGGUACUCUUGUACAACCGUCUUACGGCGAGGAAAGCUGAAUUGGAAAAGCUCAAUGCCAACAUUGGUUCAUGGGACACCAGCAAGACCGAUUCCCCCGAGGAUGAUGGAAAGGUCAAGUUGGCACUCAUCAUUGAGCAGAAGAAGCUGAACCUGUUGGAAAAGCAGCGCAAAUUACGGAGAGAAAUCGCCCAACAAAUGAUUCAUGCUGACAAUCUCGCCAUGACCGCGAACCGAACGGUUUACCGACGUUUGAAGAAGCAGUCCAUGCGUGAAGCUCGCUUGACCGAAAAGCUCGAGAAGCAGCAGCGCGACGCCCGUGAGACCAAGGAGAAGAAGAAACACCACGAAUUCAUCGAUGCUAUUCGAAAGCAUCGCACGGAGCUCCAGGAGUCUGGCAUGGCACAGCGACAACGCCUUCAAAAACUCGGCCGUACAAUGAUCUCCACGCACCAGAACAUCGAGAAGGAAGAGCAGAAGCGUAUCGAGCGAACAGCCAAGCAGCGUCUGCAGGCUUUGAAGUCUAACGACGAAGAGACUUACCUCAAGCUCUUGGGACAAGCCAAGGACACUCGUAUUUCCCAUUUGCUGAAGCAGACCGAUGGUUUCUUGAAGCAGCUUGCGGCUUCGGUGAAGGCACAACAGCGAUCUCAAUCAGGCACAUACGCACCUGAGGACGAAGAGUCAAGCGAUGAGAGCGAGGACGAGACUGGUGACGAACAACAUGCUGGCAAGAAGAAGACAGAUUACUAUGAGAUUGCCCAUCGUGUCAAGGAAGAAGUUACCGAACAGGCGUCGAACCUGGUUGGUGGUACUCUGAAGGAAUACCAGUUGAAGGGUCUACAGUGGAUGAUCUCGCUGUACAACAACAAUCUGAACGGUAUCCUCGCUGAUGAGAUGGGUCUUGGCAAGACGAUUCAGACGAUCAGUUUGAUCACCUACCUCAUCGAGAAGAAACGCCAGCCUGGCCCUUAUCUAGUGAUCGUGCCGCUCAGUACGCUCACCAACUGGACCAACGAAUUCGAAAAGUGGGCGCCAAGCGUAACAAAGAUUGUUUACAAGGGCCCUCCAAACUCCCGCAAGCAGUUUCAACAGCAGAUUCGCUGGGGCAAUUUCCAAGUUCUGCUCACAACAUACGAGUUCAUCAUCAAGGACAGGCCGGUUCUCAGCAAGAUCAAGUGGGUACACAUGAUCGUUGACGAGGGUCAUCGCAUGAAGAAUGCAGGCUCCAAGCUUAGCAUGACGAUUACACAGUACUACACGACACGAUACCGACUCAUUCUUACCGGAACACCCCUACAGAACAACUUGACAGAGUUGUGGGCUAUGCUCAACUUCGUCCUUCCUACCAUUUUCAAGUCGGCUACCUCUUUCGACGAGUGGUUCAAUACUCCUUUUGCAAAUACUGGAGGGCAAGACAAGAUGGAGUUGACAGAAGAAGAGCAGCUUCUUGUCAUUCGUCGGUUGCACAAGGUUCUCCGGCCCUUCCUUCUCCGUCGCCUCAAGAAGGAUGUCGAGAAGGAUCUCCCAGACAAGACCGAGCGCGUCAUCAAGUGCAACUUCUCAACUCUACAGGCCAAGCUCUAUAAGCAACUCGUCACACAUAACCGUUUCAUGGUCAGCGAUGGCAAGGGCGGCAAGACGGGAAUGCGUGGUCUGAGCAACAUGCUCAUGCAGCUGCGUAAGCUCUGCAACCAUCCCUUCGUCUUUGAAGAAGUUGAAGAAGUCAUGAAUCCCACAAAGAGUACCAACGACCUGCUAUGGAGAUCUGCAGGUAAAUUCGAGCUUUUGGACAGAAUCUUACCAAAAUUCCAGGCCACUGGCCAUCGAGUUCUCAUGUUCUUCCAGAUGACUCAAAUCAUGAACAUCAUGGAGGACUACCUGCGUUUACGAGGAAUGCAAUAUCUUCGUCUUGACGGUGCAACCAAGGCAGACGAUCGAUCAGAGCUGCUGAAGCUUUUCAAUGCUCCGGAUUCGCCUUAUUUCUGCUUCUUGCUAUCAACUCGUGCUGGAGGUCUGGGACUGAACCUUCAGACUGCCGAUACCGUCAUCAUCUACGACUCCGAUUGGAAUCCUCAUCAAGAUUUGCAAGCCCAGGAUCGUGCGCAUCGUAUCGGUCAGAAGAACGAAGUCCGCAUUCUUCGUCUUAUCACCUCGAACUCCGUUGAAGAGAAGAUUCUUGAACGCGCAAAUUACAAGCUGGACAUGGAUGGCAAAGUUAUUCAAGCUGGUAAAUUCGAUAACAAAUCUACAAACGAGGAGCGUGACACAAUGUUGCGUAUCAUGUUGGAGUCUGCCGAAGCGGCCGAGAGUCUUGAGCAGGAAGAAAUGGACGAUGACGAUCUGAAUCAGAUCAUGAUGCGUCACGAGCACGAAUUGGUCACAUUCCAGGAGAUGGACCGCAAGCGCAUAGCAGAGGAUCCGUAUGGCCCUGGCAAGCCUCUUGGACGCCUUGUUGGCGAAAGCGAAUUGCCAGACAUCUACUUGAACGAAGAAGCACCCGCGGUAGAGGAGAAGGAUGAAGGACCUAUUGGACGUGGUGCUCGUGAGCGAACACGCGUCAAGUAUGACGACGGACUCACCGAGGAGCAAUGGCUUGAGGCCGUUGACAACGAUGAGGACACGAUCGAAGAUGCCAUUGCUCGCAAAGAAGCCAAGAUCGCCAAGCGUGGUAAGAACAAGUCUGGCCGAGCUGGUAUUGACGGUGGAGAUUCCCCGGCUCCCUCGCGCGAGAGUUCCGAGGAGCCUAUGCCCAAGCAGCGCGGCCGUGGGCGUAAGCCAAAGGCCGAGAAGCGCAAGGCAGAUGACGCCUCGCUGGAUGGUGAUCCCGCACCACGGAAACGCGGCCGUCCUGCACCAGCCAAGGAUACGCUCAGCCCUUCCCAGCGCGCAUCAUUGCAAAAGAUUCUUGACACUGUUCACGAUGCGUUGAUCGAUCUCGAAGAAGAAUCAACUGACCCCGACAUUCCUAAUCGAGGUAUCAUUGAUCCCUUCCUUGAUCUGCCCGACAAGUGGGACUACCCAGACUACUAUCAACUCAUCAAGAAUCCCAUUUGCAUGAAACAGAUCCAGAAGAAGAUCAACAAGAAAGAAUACCAGAAUCUUCGUCAGUUCCGUCAAGAUCUUGGUCAGCUCUGUAAUAAUUGUCGCCUUUACAAUGAGGAUACCAGCCUCUUGUUUGCCGACGCCAAUCUAAUUGAGCGGACUGCCCUGGAUAAGAUGAGAGAAGCUACAGCAGAGUUCCCAGAGUGGCAAGAUUAUGAUGAUGCUGGCAGCUUCAAUGGUGGAUUGAGCACGGCGAUGACGAGUGCGGUUGGUACUCCGAGAGUUGUCAAGCAAACAAAUUCGACUGCUCAAUUAUUUAAUGGUAGCACCACGCGCCCAGCUCCUCUAGCCACCUCGCACAGCUAG